AUGAAACUCCACGCUCUCAUUGCCUUUGCCGGGCUCUCUCUUUCUACCGCUGUCGCGGAUGCCUCGCCGCCGUUAGGUACAGCACCCAUCCCACUUCUCGCGCUAGCCGAUGAUUUCGUACCACACGCCAGCGAAGAUGCAGCCGUAGUCGAGGCAAUGCGAAACACCCUGGCGCCAUACCCAUUUGCCAUUGAUGGAAAGAACUUCGACGCCCUUGACAAGGUCUUUGCGCAAAAUGCCGUCGCCAACUACUCGGCACCCCUCAAUGUUCUGACUCCGCUGUCCAACAUCAAGUCGGAACUAGCUGCCAGCCUGGAGUGUGUUACGACACAGCAUCUAUUUGGCACCCAGCUGAUUGAUCCUGUCUCGUCUACCGUCGCCGAGUCCGUGACCUACUACCGCGCUGCGCAUUUCGGCUCCGGACAAGCUACCGGCCAAGUCGCGUAUGCCUAUGGUCAGUACCAGGAUAUAUGGCAUCGGCAGCCAGAUCAUACAUGGCGCAUUGAGCACCGGAAUUUGGUAUAUAUGGGCCCGAUCAUUGGCAAUGAGACUAUUUUUGUUUGCUAG